AUGAGUGGAUGUGCUGCCAAUUUUAGUCAUCUUAAAUUAGCCACUCACCAUUCUUCUACGGAACUUGCACUUUCAAGCCUGCAUAAAAAAGAAUCAGCACAAAUAAAUUUGCUUGUUACACAAAUUUUGAGUUUAGGGGAAUUUGCUUGCAAUUAUGACAAUUUUAAGGACGCUUUAGAGCAUAUUUUUUCAGACCUUUCCAUAUGCGGAUUUCAUGUUGAACCACCAUCCCUGUCUCUAAGACUGGGUCCUUCGAAGAACACAUCAGAUGCAUAUGAAAUUACUAUAAGUGCGAAUGGAACCGAAGAACUUGAUGGAUUGACCUUUCAAAUUCAAGCAGCUACUUGUCAAGAACCUCCAUCUCUUUCCCCCAAAAGGCCUCUUUAUAUAUACUAUUUUCUUAAUGGGAUUUUGACGUUCAGCUUAAAUUUAGUUGCUAAACCAAAUCACCCAAAAUGGACUAAGCCAGUGUUUUGCGUGAAAGUACCAACACAUUUAACGCCCUUUACCACAUUGGCGAAUCUUUCUGAAUUUGCAAUUGCACCCAUAAACUUCUCCAUUUCUAACUUUAGUGUUGAAGGUAGCGAGAGUUCUCACUUUUUGGUUGACGAAACAGAUAAAAACAGCAGUUUUAAAACAAAAUAA